UGUUUCGGGACGGCGUGCGAGUCCUUUUGGUAGCUCUUCAAUAGACGAACAGAGAUCGAUUUAUUCGUGUACGGUGGAUGCGGGGUAGUCGGCCCUCUGCUGCCCCCUGUAGGCACAAGCGUGUCGCACGUUGCCGAUGAAGUGCAAAGAAAGCGAGCAGGGCGAGUGUUAAGCCGCCAUGUUGGCGAACGACGUUUGUUGAAAGCGUUCCGAAUCGCACUUUCGGCCUUUCAAACGACGCCGUCUUUCGUCCACGUGACGUCACCCGAAUGACGUUCGACAACUUGAGGCUGAAAAUAGUUUGGGAAGAAGGCAACCGGAACUCGCCCCUCCGCCAAUGGCGCGCGGGCGCUCCGGCGAGCGGCGUGACUGACGCGGAGAACGGACCAAUAGAACGUCUGUAACCGGGGCGACGCGGCAGAGCGGCAGGCGGCUCGGCCAAUGGUGAGCCUGACCCUCGCGCGGCUCCGACGAGCGUGAAGGCAGCGCGCGCUGGCCGGAAAGGAGGAGAUGGGCAGAAGCUGAACAUGGCGGAUGGCGACAGCGGGAGCGAGCGCGGCGGAUUCCAGCACUUCCAGCGGGACCAGGAGACCCAGGAGCUGGCCUCCAAGCGCCUCGACAUCCAGAACAAGCGCUUCUACCUGGACGUCAAGCAGAACAGCAAGGGCCGCUUCAUCAAGAUCGCCGAGGUCGGGGCCGGAGGCUCCAAGAGUCGGCUGACCCUGUCGCUGUCAGUGGCCGCCGAGGUGCGCGACUACCUCGGGGACUUCAUCGAGCACUACGCCCAGCUGGGGCCCAGCAGCCCCGAGCAGAUCGCGCAGGCCUCCGCCGGCGAGGACGGCGGCCCGCGGCGAGCCCUCAAGAGCGAGUUUCUGGUCCGGGAGAACCGCAAGUACUACUUGGACCUGAAGGAGAACCAGCGGGGGAGGUUCCUGCGCAUCCGGCAGACCGUCAACCGAGGGCCCGGCUUCGGCGCGGGCGGCCCGGCGGGCGGCGUGCUGACCGGCCAGACCAUCGCCCUUCCGGCGCAGGGCCUGAUCGAGUUCCGAGACGCCCUGGCCAAGCUCAUCGACGACUACGGCGGCGACGACGACGAGCUGGCCGCCGGCCCCGGGGGGGGCCCGGCGGCGGGGGGGUACGGCGAGCUCCCCGAGGGCACCUCCAUCACGGUGGACUCCAAGCGCUUCUUCUUCGACGUGGGCUCCAACAAGUACGGCGUGUUCCUGCGCGUCAGCGAGGUCAAGCCCAGCUACCGGAACUCCAUCACGGUGCCCCUCAAGGCCUGGGCCAAGUUCGGCGGCGCCUUCGGCCGCUACGCCGACGAGAUGAAGGAGAUCCAGGAGAGGCACCGGGACAAGAUGUACGAGAGGCACCGGGACGAGUCGGAGGAGGGCGACGACGUGGAUGACGACUGAGCGCGCGCCUCGAGCUGUCAAUCAAGGUCACAAAAAAUGGAUUGCUGUGCUCCACGUGUUUUACAAGGGGGAGGGGAUGAGAGGGGGGUGGGGGGCGCAUUCUUAGCAAUACCGUUCCGGGGAGGGGGGGCAUUUCCCGUCAGACCCCCUCACUGUGCCGCACUCGGGACGCAAAGCGAACCUCGCUCCAGAGGCGCUGCUGGACACCAACUAACACGUCCGUGGAGCUGCAAAAAAAAAGAGCCAGAGAACUAUAGUAUUGACAAGAUUAUAGGAAAGUUAUUACAAACCAGCAAUGACGACAAAAAGAUAUUUUCAAAUACUUAUAAAGGAAAAUGUAUUGUGUAAAGGAAAUUUCAUGAGUUACAAAUAAAGAAAAGAUAAAUUUCUUCCAACAAAG